AUGAUUAGCUUCUUCGCGACUAUUGAAGCCCUGUACGCCUUCUUUUCCCGUUCGACUCUGCGAUGGGAGAAGUUGAAAAAGACGAUCCCCGUCGGACUGAAACGCGAGUCUGAAACAAGAUGGAGCUCUCGCAGCGAUGCUGUCAAAGUAGUCAGCACGCAUGUCAGGGAGAUUAUCGAUCUCCUGGAUAAAAUGUCUGAUGACUCCUGCGACUCGGUAGAAACUAGAAGUGAGGCACGUCAGUUAUUCACCCGCAUGGUCUCGUAUGAAUUCUUGACGCUUCACGGCUUCUGGAAUAACCUCCUGAGCAGAGUCGAUAGGGUCCAGAAGAGACUCCAGGAUCCCUCCAUGAAUUUCCAUGAAGCUGCCAAUGAUCUGUCGUCUCUGAAGAACACCUUCUCCAGAGAAGGAUGCGAUUUCGUAGACGCAGCCAUCACUGAUGGCCAAUGCCUCUGCGAUGAAUACGAUGUAGCAUUCGAGAAACGCAAUAGGAGAAGAAGAAGUAUGCCAGAUGAACACCGAAACUCUGAAAUCUCCGCUAUACAAGAAAUGCGCCGUGUUAUGUACUCAACGAUCGACCGGCUUCAGCGAGAAAUGAGAGAAAGGUUCGAGCGACUGACAAACCUAGACAAUACUUUCGGGUUCCUUCUCGACACUCAGCGGCUACUACAAGGCCAGCUGAACGAAUUGAGGUCCGAUUGUUUGUCAUUUGCGAAUAUGUAUUCGGAUGAUGUCGACGGUAACGACUUAUACAGAGAGAUAUGUGAUUGUAGGAUGUUAGUCAGCGUGCGGGAGGAGUUACGAUUAAGGAAACCCGAAGAACUCCUCAAUUUCAUCAUAGAAUACGGCGACGAGAGUGUCUUCCCCAAUCUUCGGGUAGCGAUACAAAUACUACUGACGAUUGCCGUCUCGAUCGCCAGUUGCGAGCGAUCCUUCAGCAAGCUUAAGCUCAUCCUAUCAUACCUCCGAGCGUCAAUGGGGCAAGACAGACUGAUUGAUCUCUCUAUCAUGAGCAUAGAGAGAGAAGUCACCGAGGACACCGACUUCGAAUCUUUAAUCGAUACCUUCGCUUCGGUGAAGGCUCGAAAAGUCGUAUUUUAA